AUGAAAAAGCUCCUUUUUAAAAUAAAAGCAUUUUAUGUUAAAGACUUCUUAUCUAUCAAAGAUUCAAAAAGAAAAACUUUCAAAAUGGCUGUUGCAUUAAUAAUUUUAGAAAACCUUUAGAUUUUAUCAGUGUACACAAACAGUUUGAAUACCAUUUAGUAUGAUCAAUUUCCAAAUUAAGUUCAAUCAUGGAUGAAUAAUUUUAAGUGAAUAAAAUAUAAUAUGUAUUAGGAUAUACUCUUUAUUUGGAAACUCAAUUACUGCAAGAAUUAUUUGUGUAAUGGUUGGAUUUUCAAUAUAAACUUUAUUUUUUUUAAGAAUACUUUGCUUAGUGUUUAGUUAAGAUUUAUUCCUUAAAUAAAAGUUAGCUCUUCAUGAUUUACCAUUAAAUCAGGUAAAUUUAACAUAUAAUACUAGAAUAAUAAAAAUUAUCAUUUUGAGAGAUGUUGGCAAUCUAAAUUACUUUCCUGGUAUAUGUAAAUUAAUCUUGAAGUUUUGUAAAUACCAAUACUAUUUUGCACUGUUAGCCUUAUCACUGAUAUUCUUGGUCUGGGUAUUAAUUAUUUUAAUGUAGAAAGCUUGAAUGAAUUUGAAUAAAUUGGAUUGCUUUUAAGCUUCAUACUUAUUAUUUUAUAAUUACUAAUAGGGAUAUUCCUGCAUUUUCAUUCGGCUGAUUAUAGGAUUAAAAAUUACGAUAUUUUAGGGAAGGUUCAAGGUUUAGAAAAUCACAUUCUAUAUGCAUUUAGAAUAUUGUAAUGCGUAUUAUUAUCACUAUAGUAUAAUAUUUUUAUCUGGAAGUUAAUCAAAUACAAUUGUUACUCAAACUUUAGGAUUAUUGAUUAAUAGUAUAUAGGCAAUAUAUAAUUAUAGAAAAUUGACGUAUAUAGACCAUAGAAUUAUAAAUAUUACUUUAAAAAUUAACACACUUAUGGUUUUUUAUCAAUUGAUAUUGAUUUUAUGUGAAUUUGGAUAUCCAACUAUUAAAGUCAGUGCAUCACUGUUAAUUUUAAUAUUUUUCCCUUUCAUUAUGGUCUUAAUCCAUUAAUUAUCACUCUAAUCAGAAUUAAAGAAUAAUUAUAACAAUUAAAAGUAAUUCUUAAGAAGAUUGUAUUGGAAUGCCAAAAAAUAAGUUUAAUGUAAAAAAAGGUAAUAAAAUUUGGAUUAAUAACAAAUAUUUUAAAUAUUUACAGUUGUCAGAAGCCAUUUAUAAGAAUGUAAAUAAAUGAGAAUGAGAAAAAUGUUAAAAUAUGCUAGUUUUAAAUAACAGUGCUUUUGUUAAACUUUUUUACAAUAAAAAGAUUCUUUUUAAAACAUUGAGCAAUGUAAAGAAUUUUUGAAAUUGUUACUUGGAUAAGUAUUAGAAGAUGAAUUGAAAGAAGAUGCAAAUAUUUAGAGAACAUUAGCAUAUAUAUGUUAUUUAAAUGAAAUAAAAAAAUCACCAAUUUAAGCAAUUUAUGAAGUAAUUAAAGUAUCAACUCUAGAAUAGGUAAUUAUUUAAAAAAAAGUAGAUUCCUUUGAGACUUUAAUAGAUUAUACAUUAACUUCAAUGUGAUUCUUUAUAAAAGUUCAACUAAUUAAUAAAGAAGUAAAAUUUAGUGAAUUAAAUGUUUGAUUUUAAAAAAGCUUACCUAUUUGAAGAAUCCUUAAAGAUUUUAAAGCAUAAUUUAUAUCUUAUUGUUAAAUAAGAAAUAGUAAAAAAUUUAUAAUAAGUUUAGGAAUUUUAUGAAGCUCUAUUUUCUCCAAUUAUAGAUGCAUAAAUUAUUUAAGAUAAAGGAAUGUUACUAGUUAGUAAUAUAAAUAAUUUAGAAGAAUAGAUAUAAAUUAUUUUUAGAACUAAUCCAUAAAAUGGAGAGUGUGAUACAAUUUACAAGCUAUUUUAAAAAUAUAUAAACUAUAACAAAGUUAGACCAAAGUUGUUUAGAAGAGAAGGUUAAUUGAUGGCUGAAUUUAUUUAAUCAUUAGAUAAAAUAAUUUAUGAUUAAAAUAGUUGUGUAGUUUAAAUUACUUUACUUUAACCUAGAGGAAAUGUAAUUAGAUAUACAAGAUCUUUUUAAUAAGCUGUCUAAUGCAAAGAUGAUGAAAUAUUGGCUUAAAACAUAAAAAAAUUUAUACCAUCUAUUAUAGCUAAUGAUCAUGAUUUAUAUUUAAACAAUUUUGUUGAAACUGGAAGAAUAAAUGUAUUAAAAAGAGAAUUAAGAAUAAUUUUAGUAAAAUUAAAAUCCUAAUUUGUAAUUCCUAUCAAUACUAGAUUGAGAAUAGAAGUAAAUCCUUUUGAAUUUGGAGCCUAGGCUUUAAUGACUCCUGUAAAUUAAUCUUAUGGUUAUUUAAUGCUUAAUGAAUAAGGUCAAAUAGAAGAGAUUACAAAAAAUUUAUAUGAAGAUAUAUUUAAAUAAUAUUUAGGAUUAGAAUUAGAUUUUGUAAGAGGUUUAGAUUUUUUACUUAUGAUUCCUGAACUUUCCAAGAUUUGGUCUAGUUUAUUUGAUGAUAACUUUGAUAAAUUAGAUUAUUAUUUAGAAGGAUAAUUGAUCAUACCAACAAUUGAAAAAUAAACUGUUUCACCAAUAUUUCCAAAUAAUUAUGGAAAUAAAUAAUAACUUAAUAAAAGACUUUAAGAGUAUAUGAAAAACUUUACUUAAAAUCUUAUUAAAUAUUAAAUUAAUAUUCAUCUUACAAGUUUAACAACAAUAAAAUUAAAGUAAUAUUUAUUAUUAUAAUAUAUAGAGUAGUUAUAGUAGAAAUUCCAGAAUAUAAAUAAGCAAUUAAUAAAUAGUAAGCUAGUUAAUUAGAAUUAAUCUAACCAUAGCCUCCUAAGACAUCUAUGAAUAUGACAUAUUAAUCAGAAUUACCAACUUAUAAAUCAUAUGGAAUACAUUCACCUUUAAAUACACCUCCUCCAACUAAAACUUUAAUGAAUGAAUGUGAUUUAGAGUAUGAUAAUUUAAUUGAAGAAAAAAAAAUGAUUGAAGAGUUUAGAAAUUAAUUAGCUUCAGUUACUAUGAAUAAUACAAUCUAAAAUAAUUCAAAAGAACCCUUUAUAUAAUAAUAAUAAUAAUGUGAAAAUGCCUCUGAAAUUAAAAUUAUUAUGCCCAAACAUGUUGUUUCAUACAAAAGUGAUGAAUUUGAAUAAAAACAAUUUUAAUAAGAACAGAUAUUUUAAUAAUAAUAAUAUAAUGGAUCUGUAGGUAGUAGAUCUUCUUAAAAUAAUAAUAAUGCAUUUAGACUAUAAAUAAAAGAUUGUCUUUAAAAUAAUAAAGGAUUAAAUUUUAAGAUUAAGAUUUUUUUAUUAAUAUUUUAUUCACUCUUACUAACUGGAUAUGUCUUAAAUUUUUGCAUUUUAUUGUUUAAUUUUCAAAGAAUUGAUAGCAAUCUUAAUUUUGAAAGUCUACCUUAUUAAUUUGCUUAUUAUUAUAAUGAAUUUGUCAUAGCUAAUCUUUAUCGAUAAUAAAAUGAAUUUUAAUUUGAUAAUCUAUGUUAGGUUUCAAUUAAUUAUUACUAAUAACAUUAGAAAUAUAUUGAUGAAGCUGUAUCUCUUAUGCCUGAAAUAAACGAAAUUAAUGAAUUAACAAUGCAAAGAAGAACCAUAAAUAUUCUAUCACAAAUUUAUGAAAUUUAUGAUAACAAUAAAAAUCUUAAUAUUUCAGAUUUCUUAAAUAAUUCUUAUGUAUUUCAUAAAUUAUUAGCUAAUUUUGAGGGAAAUCAUCCAUCUUCAUAGACUUCGAGUCUGCUUAGUUAGUAAGAUUUUAAUAUUUUAUAUAUUUAGCUUCAUUCUAGAAGAAAUUGUUUUAUUUUUACUUCUAUCAAGUUAUGCAUAUUUUUACACUUCAAUCUUAAGGAUGAAAACAACUUUUUAUAAAUUAUUUUGUACUCUAUCUAAAGAUUUUGUUAAAGAACAAUUUAUUUAAUUUCAUUCCUUACAUAAUUAAAUUAAUCAUGCUAAAUUCAAAUCUAAUGAAACAAAUGAGGAAUCUUUUGAAGCAUCAAUGAUUAGCUAAUUUUAGAAAAAUUCAACUUAAGCAAAUUUAGAAAAUCAAGUCAGAGUUGGUAAAUAAAUAAUAACUCCAUGUAAUAAUUUAUUCUUAUAUUUAGAAAUUAAUAUAAAUUUGAUUUUUUUCUUUUUUAUGAUGCUUAUGCUGACUGCUUUUAGUUCAUCAUAUUAUUUUGGAACUUAUUUGUUGCAAACUUAAAUUAUAAAUAAAAUUGAAAUAAAUUCUAAUCAUAGAACAUAUUAUGAAAACUUAGCAAAUCAUAUAACAUUUGCUUAUGCACAUUAAGCAGCUUUUUACAAUAAAACUAUUACAGAAGAAAUGAUAUAAUAUUAGAAUUCAGUGGCUAAAGAAUUUAGAUCACUUUUAACGAAAAUAACUUAAUAAUAAGAAUAAUCUAAUGGUCUAAUUGAUAAGAUAUUAAUAGAAGAAAUUUGCACUAUUUUUUAAGAAGGAAUGUAAAGUUCUUUAAAUUUUUUUAGAUUUUUACAGGAUAAAGAUUAUUAAGAUUUGUUUACAUUUGAACAAUGUCAAUCUGUACCUUCACUUUAAAAAGGUUUGAUCUACGUUACUUAAGAAUUGUUUACAAUCUAUUAUGAUAUUGUUUAGAAUGUAUAAUCUACAAACUAAAAUGAAACUUCUAAAUUUGAACAAUUAGCUUAAGCUAAUAUAUAAAAGGAGAGAAUUUACUUAUAAUUUAGUUAUUAACUUAUUAUCGAGAUUCUUUAAUAAGAAAUUAAAAAAUUAAUAUCAUCAACUAUUUACUUGAAUACAUUGAUGUUUAUCUUAGCAAAUAUUUUGGCAAGCAUGACUUUAUUAAUUGCAAAAGUCUUGAUUGAAAAUGCACAUUAAUAAUAUUAAGAUAAUAAAAAAAUCUUAACAUUAUUUCCAUUUGAAAGAUUAAUGGAAAACGCUUAUGUUCAUAGUUUUAUAACACAGGAUUUACGUUUUUAAAUUUGA